AUGAGCUUCAAGAAACGAAACGUGGAUCAGCAACCCAAACUACCAUCUGGCUCAAGAUUGAGCGCUUACAAUGGCCAGCUCUUGAUCUCGACUGGCGUGCCAUCAUUAGACGAUAUUCUAGGUGGAGGACAGCCUGUUGGCACUGUGAUGCUUAUCAAAGAGGAUCGUGCUACAACCUAUGCACAGCUCUUGCUCAAGUACUUUAUUGCUCAAGGCAUUAGCUCUGGACAUCAUUGUGCUAUUACAUCUCGCGACGAGGAUCCUGAAGAGAUGCUGAAGACGCUCAUGUGGUUAUCGACUUCAGACAAGGACGGCGAUGAUGACAGUGACAAGACAAAGAAUGCUCGCACCGAUGCUGAAAGUGAUCGCAUGAAGAUUGCUUGGAGAUACUCUCAUCUGAAGCGCUUUGAGACUGGCGUCAAAGCCAAGCCAGCAUCACCAGUACCUCAGCAGCAGAAAACAGCCAACACCGCAUCAGAUCAAUCACAAAAGCCGUCAGACGAGCCCAGGCCCUACUGCAGUCAAUUCGAUUUAACGAAGCGAGUGCCAUCCACAGUCUUGGAUCAAGCCAAUAUAGAUAUCAUGCAGUGGGAUAUGGUGGCCGAUGGAGAGGAGGAGGACCAGGAUGAUUACGAAAGCUUGAUUAGCAAAAUUAGAAAGGUCGUCUUGGAUGGCAACUUUAGUUCAGCUGUUCCCGUUGCUCCAGGCACGCCUCGCCAUGCAUUGAGAGUAGCUAUUCACUCAUUAGCGUCUCCCAGUUGGCAAUCGAAAUCAACUUACGAUUUGUACAAGUUUUUCCAUGCGCUUCGUGGAUUGCUUCGAUUUUCGUUUGGCACUGCUGUUGUCACUGUGCCAGCUUAUCUCUAUGAUGAGGUCCCUAAUGUGAUGAAGCGCAUCGAACAUAUGGUGGAUGCAGUCAUUGAAAUCGAGUCGUUUGCAGGCGAUCCUGUGCACAAUGAAGCAGCCUACACACAAAACUAUCAUGGUUUCUUCCAUGUGCACAAACUACCCGUCUUAAACUCGCUCUUACCACCAAGCACCAAACUCUCAGUGCUGUCAGCAGGCGGCAGCAAUGAUCUGGGCUUCAAGCUCCGUCGUAAGCGAUUUGCCAUCGAAACCUUCCAUUUACCACCAGAAGGAGGCGUUGUUACACGUCGCACUGAGCCUCCUUCUUCUGCUUCAACAUCUACGGCAGCCUCUUCUUCAGACGAGAAAAAGAAGGAAAGCAAAGGGCUCUCAUCACUUGCCAAUCGUGGGCCCAACAAGAUUGGUGGUGGCGGCGGUGGCAUUGGAUGUGGCUCUACGCCAGGCAAAGUAGAUCCACUUGAGUUUUAA